ACAGCUCGAGAAAGAAAAACCCACGUGAAUGUGAUGCAACUUGCACAUAAUUUACGGCAGUAGUGAAGUUAAUCAAAAUUCUCUUCUUCAAAUUCAGUAAGAACGAUGUUGAGAUCUACCUUAACAACCGUAAGAACUGCUGUUUUACAGCCCGAGCAUUCCAGGCAACUGAAUAUUUACGUUCAGCUGUCGCGUUUACUGGGGACAAAAUUUAGAUAUUGCACUGCUCAGUCAAGUCCCAACAAGAACGCAACUACGUCGAAAGAAAGCGUUGAAUCUGAUCAGAAAUCCUCGCAGCCAGGAGGGAAAGCAUCAGAUACUGCCACUGAAGUUAAAGAAACCGAAAACGACCGUCUUUUAAAAGAAAAAGAAAGUUUGAUAAAAGAUCUUCAGGACAGGUACAAACGUUCCCUGGCAGAUAAUGAGAACAUAUUAUCCCGCAGCAGGAAGCAAAUUGAUGAAGCCAGGCUGUUUGGUAUUCAGGCCUUCUCCAAAGACCUUCUUGAAGUUGCAGACAUAUUAGGAAAAGCAACGGAAACUGUUCCCAAGGAGGAGAUAGAUAAGAAUACUCACUUGAAGAACUUGUAUGAUGGGCUUCUAAUGACUGAAGCCCAGUUACAGAAGGUUUUUAAGAAGAAUGGUUUAGAGAAAGUGUAUGCACUACAUGAAAAAUUUGAUCCACACAGUCAUGAAGCAUUGUUCCAGAUUCCAUUACCAGAUAAAGAGAAAGGCUCUGUUGCUGUUGUUGAAAAAGUUGGAUAUAAACUGCAUGGAAGGACACUUAGACCAGCUCUUGUGGGAGUUGUAAAAGAAUAGAACUUUGGAUGAUGUUUUUAUUCAUUAAAAAUUAUAGGUUUCUGGAUUUUAACUAUGCUUAGUGAUAGUGGUGGGGAAAAAAAAGAAUCCUGGCAGCCACAUCCUUGUAAGACUGCAUUACAAUCAAAUUUGUAAUAUCAUUAUCACAUGCAAUUAAGUUUAUAUAAUUAAUUGUCUACCAUCAUGCAUGUACAGUACCUGCAGUAUCCCCUUAAGCUUUCCCCAAAGCUUGAAAUUCACAAAUACCAGGGCAAAAUGUAAAUGUGCUUCGUGCAAGUUCAUGUAUUGAAAAUAUGUGCAUUCGACCUGCUUUCCCCCCCUAACCCUCUCACCUUUCAAAUAUUAAAGACUCUAAAUCCAAAUUAUGAUUUACCUGCGAGAUACAUUGACAAUAAUUAUUUCCUUGCUUGUGAGGCUAGAGGACCUUAGGUCUUAUCAAUGAUCAUAAGUCAAAUGAUUUCUUGAAAAUAUGUUAAAUCUUGAGCCCUUAAAAACAGAUCUCAUGUUGCUUGCUCCUUAUUUAUCCAAUUGCCCUCAGCUGCCUAGUGUAAGCAGAAAUCUAGAAUGUUAACAAUGCUUGGAGAAAAUGCUAUACAUAACAACAACCCUCUGAUAUUUCCUGAAUAAUAGCUUUUCAUGCCCACAUCAGUUGAUCAUGUCUACUUGAAUGGUGUUGAACUUUCUAUUUCAUAGUUCCUUGACCAUGAACUAACAUAUUGAUAUUUGGUGUGUGUCAAUGUGUAUAACUUUCUGUUAGUAAAUUAGUGCUUAAUGAAUUUAUUUGUAAGUAUCUGAGGUUUUUCCUUUGUACUUUGAAACUGAUAUGGGACAUAAAUGGAAAAUUUUUUUUUUUUUUCAAAAUUCGCAUUAUUUGUAAAGCUCCUAACCUCUGUGUGCAACAUUCAGUUUUGUACAAUAAUAUCAGCAAUUUCUACACAGUUCGUGUGAAUGUAUUGGGUAAAUUAAAGUUGAGAUAGCUCUAUCCUGAGCAACUGCCAGGUUUCCUAUAAGAGAACCUUGUUCAGCAAGGAUUUUCAUAUUACUAAGGAAUUUGCUCCUCAAUGUUACUUUGAUCAACUGGGUUAGUUAGGCUAAGAUUUAGUAAAAUUCACUACACUGUG